GCCGGCUGGGUGCCUGGGCUCGGGAGGCAGACCGCUACAAGACAGGUUCUAGCCAGUCCCUGGACCAGCCGCGGCCGGAGUCCGCGUGGUUCUGAGCCCUCUGGUGCUGAGGGCCUUUGUACCCUCCCAAAGGGCGGUGCCAGGUCAAGGCUCCGCCCCCGGACGCGUGCUGCCUGGUAAGGGGAGGGCCCUUUAAGAAGACUUAGAGCUCUCGAAGGAGAGGGAGAGGGGGCCCUGAGGUCUCCGCGAGCCAGAGGUGCACAGAACCUCUGAGGAUCUUCCUUGCACCUUCUCUGCUCCCUCCAACGUGGAUACCCAGGCUAGAGGCUCUUCCCAGACCACGGGACACAGCAGACACAGGCACUGCUGUCUGCCACACAAGAAAUGGAGCUGCAGAGGAGAGACUACCAUGUGGAGAGGCCUCUGCUGGACCAGGAGCAGCUAGAGGAUCUGGGACACUGGGGCCCGGUGACCAAGACCUACCAGUGGCGAGCUUGGUUUCGGUGCUCCCGUGCUCGGGCCCAUGCUCUUCUGCUCCAUCAUGUUCCAGUCUUGGGCUGGUUACCCCGCUAUCCUGUGCGAGACUGGCUCCUGGGUGACCUGUUGUCUGGCCUGAGCGUGGCCAUCAUGCAGCUUCCACAGGGCUUAGCCUACGCCCUCCUGGCGGGAUUGCCUCCUAUGUUUGGCCUGUACAGUUCUUUCUACCCCGUCUUCGUCUAUUUCCUAUUUGGUACCUCUCGACACAUCUCUGUGGGCACCUUUGCUGUCAUGUCUGUGAUGGUGGGCGGCGUGACAGAAUCCUUGACUGCAGACGAGGCCUUCGUGCAAGGCUUGAACGCCACCGUUGAUGAUGCCCGGGUGCAGGUGGCCUACACGCUCAGUUUCCUGGUUGGCCUCUUCCAGGUGGGGCUGGGCCUGGUGCACUUCGGCUUUGUGGUCACCUACCUGUCGGAGCCCCUGGUCCGCAGCUACACCACAGCCGCCUCUGUGCAAGUCCUCGUCUCGCAGCUCAAGUAUGUGUUUGGCAUCAAACUGAACAGUCACUCUGGGCCACUGUCCGUUAUCUAUACAGUGCUGGAGGUCUGUGCUAAGCUGCCCGAGACUGUGCCUGGCACCCUGGUCACGGCGCUUGUAGCAGGAGUGGUGCUUGUGUUGGUGAAGCUGUUGAAUGAAAAGCUGAAGCGCUAUCUGCCCCUGCCCAUACCUGGGGAACUACUCACGCUCAUUGGGGCCACCGGUAUUUCCUUCGGUGCUGAACUCCGUGAAAGAUUCCAGGUAGACGUGGUGGGCAACAUCACCACAGGGCUGAUACCCCCAGUGCCACCUAAGACAGAGUUGUUUGCCACACUCGUGGGAAAUGCCUUUGCCAUUGCUGUGGUUGGCUUCGCCAUCGCCAUCUCACUUGGGAAUAUUUUUGCCCUGAGGCAUGGCUACCGCGUGGACAGUAACCAGGAGCUGGUGGCCCUUGGCCUCAGCAACCUCAUUGGCAGCUUCUUCCAGUGUUUCCCCGUGAGCUGCUCCAUGUCUCGGAGCCUGGUACAGGAGGGUACCGGGGGCAACACACAGGUUGCCGGAGCCGUAUCCUCCCUUUUCAUCCUCCUCAUUAUCGUCAAACUCGGGGAACUCUUCCGAGACCUGCCCAAGGCCGUCCUGGCAGCUGUGAUUAUUGUGAAUCUAAAGGGCAUGAUGAAGCAGUUCUCUGACAUCUGCUCUCUUUGGAAGGCAAAUCGAGUGGACCUGCUAAUCUGGCUGGUGACCUUUGUGGCUACCAUCCUGCUGAACCUGGAUAUUGGCCUGGCGGUUUCCAUAGUGUUCUCCCUGCUGCUCGUGGUGAUCCGAAUGCAGCUGCCCCAUUACUCUAUCCUGGGGCAGGUGCCAGAUACGGAUAUUUAUAGAGACGUGGCAGAAUACUCAGGGGCCAAGGAGGUCCCUGGUGUGAAGGUCUUUCGUUCCUCAGCCACCAUUUACUUUGCCAAUGCUGAGCUCUACUGUGACUCGCUGAAACAGAAGUGUGGUGUGGACGUGGACCACCUCGUCUCCCAGAAAAAGAAGCGAAUCAAAAAACAGGAGAUGAAGAUGAAGCGAAUGAAGAAAGCCAAGAAGUCUCAGAAGCAGGAUGCUCCUUCCAAGAUCGCCUCAGUUUCAGUCAACAUCAACACUGGCUUCGAAGACAUCAAAAGCAAUGACGUGGAGGGUUCCGAGGCCAAGGUGCACCAAAGGGAGGAGCUGGAGGAUGCAGUCACCAGCAGUCAAGAAGAUGUCAAGGCCCCAACCGUGAACACACUGAAGUCCCUGGGCCUACCCCAGCCAGACUUCCAUAGCCUCAUCCUAGACCUGAGCACUCUCUCCUUCGUAGACACCGUGUGCAUUAAGACCCUGAAGAACAUUUUCCAUGACUUCCGGGAGAUCGAGGUGGAAGUGUACAUCGCUGCCUGUUACAGUCCUGUGGUCACCCAGCUUGAGGCUGGGCACUUCUUCGAUGACUCUAUCACCAAGCAGCAUCUUUUUGCCUCUGUCCAUGACGCUGUGACCUUUGCCCUCCACCACCGGAAGCCUGUCCCUAAGAGCUCUGUUUUGGCCACCAAACUCUGACUUUGCUGCUGGAGAUUGCCUACCUCUAGAGGUUGUGACAGGUCACCCUCAUGAAACUCCUGCCUCUGGGUCACCUCCAGGUGCCCCCCAGGACUCCGGUCCAUGUCCAUGCACAUAUAGCACAUGGAUGCCCUGCGUUCAGCGCUACAGGCCUGGGGCAGGGUAUUGCAGUCAGGCUGGCCUUGGCUGGUGCUGGGAGGGAGCUGAUGUGGAUUUAUAGCUCUGGGAAUAAAUGUGUCUGUCCAACUUCAGGCCCUGCUGUGGUGUGGUCAGGGUGUGGCUAGUGCGUCGUCCUCAACUCAGACUCCCAAGCUGUCUUAGAAACACUACAGUAGACAGAGCUGGGGGUAAGACUCAGGGAGGUCAGGGCCAGGCACAGAGCAUGCAGAACAGGGUGGCUCUGGGGCCCAGACUGGGCUGGGAUUCUACAGACUCAAGGUUCUCUUCCAUUUCUCAUAGACCGCCCUUUAGCUUUAAAUGGAAAAAUAAAUGGAAUCAGAACUGUAGCUCAGGACUAAGCUAUUCCCAAGGAUAACCUGAUAAGAGGCAGAGUUGGUGCUUCUGGGGGAUGUAGAGUGAACCCCUGAACCUUCAGCUAGACACUAGAGCCAUUCUCAGGGUCUGCUGCCAGACUUAAAAGUCAGUGUUUACUCAUAGAGUUCAAGCCUUGAGAUUGGCUGGACACCAUCGAUCAAGAACUGGCUGAUUUCUGGCAUAAGACACCAACAGCAUGUGAGGCCGCUAAUCCUGUGGGGAGACGGAUGGGGCAGUGGGCCCCUGAUGGGUGAGGAAGCGCAGCCUCCUGAGUGGCCUGCUGAGUUAACCAAGCAGACAUGUGGAAAUGUCGAGAACAAUGUAGUACCCACAUCACCUGCCCAGAACACAUGAAUUUCUCUAUUCAUCAGGUGUGCUCCAGGUGCCAAGCUCAGUAUUAGGCCCCGGGCAAGUUCCCAACGGCACACGAAGGCUCCCUGCCCUCCAAAUAUCCCAGGCACCCUUGCCUGUCUCUAUUUUUAUCAUGGCAUUUGCCUGUGCCUGGCACUGUAGUGUUUACAAGCCAGCUCUGCUCCCGCCGAAACUUCAGCCCAGGAAGGCAGAGCUUGACUUCUGUCAGGCAGCAUUCUGGCCCCAGGCUUGG